AAUCGCAAAGCUAUCGCCGGGAGCGGUAAAGUCACACACAGUUCCCACUUCAAAUCAUCACCUGAUGUCAGUCCCCUCUUUUGAAGAUAUACGCUGAACAACUUCCUUUCGACCGCUCGGAAAGAGAAAACAUGUCCAGGAUUUACACCAUCAAAAGGUUUCCGGGCGCUUGGAACGGGGAGCCCGUGAAGAUUGUAAGUGAGCAACGAUGGAGGCGGGUGCGCCCAUGUUCGUCGUGCGGCGCCGUGACCAAAGAAAUUAUAGCGCUGCCCUGCUCCGAUAUUCUGUGUCGCGGGUGCCACUGGGAACUACAGACGCCUGGACAAGCCUCCCUCUGCCCCCGCGACGGGUGCGCAUUUACAGAGAGCCAAAUCCAAUACUUGAAGACCCCCGUGGAAGACGCGUUAGAGCUUCUUGUGAAGUGCCCCAAUGAGAAGAUCGGCUGUGGCUUCGUGUGUGCGCUCGGAACACUGUACUCUCAUCUGUCCAACUCGUGCGAUUUCAAGUCCACGAAAGAAGCCGCAUUGACAGCUUGUUCUAGUUUGUGUCUACGACGGUUUCCCCCGAGCUGUUUCCACCAGCCUCCAACUGGACAAGACAAGGAAAUCGAGACGACUAAUCUACCGAAACGUGAACCAAAGCUCACCACCAAAGAUAAAGCUGAACAAGUCAUAAGGAUGCAAAAGACGCUCGGUUGCGUCGAACCGCGUUCAGCCAAUGUCCCGAUCGACUCGAGCUCGCUGGAUGCAUCCGACCCCGCCAAGGAAAAGGUUUGGAAGAACUACUACCUUCACCCGAUCUCGUCGCAACAUUACUGCUACGCGAUACCAUACGAUACCCGAACGCCACAAGGGCCACGACCACCCACAUCACUACGUCCACAGCAAGAAGAGAGACAGUAUGACGCCAGAUGCCCAACAUGUCAUACAUGCAUCGCUACGACGCUACAGUUUUUGGACAGAAUGUCCGCAACGGCUCCUGAUCCCUUGGAAGUCAUACGCACGUUUGCCGAAGUGGUUGUAAAUUAUCCCCGGCAACGCUCACAUGGAGACCGCGGCAGUGGCCUGCCAACUGCCAUGUAAACCUCUCUACACCGUUGGAUAUUUCUGAUUACCGCGUUUCACGGCGAUGUUUCGCGGCUGUCCGGCCCUAACAAGCCCGUGGUAUGCCUUGGAGGGAGCGCGUUCGCCGAAAGUUUCCGUGCUGCCACAGCCAGACAUCUACUCCUCCUGGCAACCUUGGUUUUCUGCUGCACUUCCAAUCGUCGCGUCGCCUCAGUACAGCAGUCCAACGGCAUCAACAUUCACAUCGUCACUGGACUUAAACUGGCGGAACGCCCCUCGGCCCUUCAGUGGGCAUGUGGAACAGCCAGCCAUGCACUCAGCUAACGCUUUCUGCUUUUUCUUCGUACAGGUUGGUCCGUUUCCCUCUUUGCAUUGUAAAAAGUCCAACUACCUCUGUCUACUGGUGUUCCCAUGCCCACAAGUGCUGUUUUUAUGUUCUUGCGAGUGUAUUUCGGGUCUGAAGCUUCUCCUGUCUGGUGAUAUUGAACUUAAUCCUGGCCCAGAUAAGAAAGAAGUUCAGAGAAAAGAGAUGAGUGAGAUGCUUGUUUUACUGAGAGGCUUAAACGCUCGUCAGGCAAAUUUUGAAGCUGGACAGACCCGAAUCAUGGAGGAUAUUCAAGCUAUUAAGACUGGGCAAGAGUCAAUUGAACUAAUGGUAACCGGUAAUCAAGGGAGGCUUAGUACUGUGGAAGAAAAUAUAGUCAGUUUGGAUAUUUUGGAGCGUGAGUUGACAGAUGUGAAAGAAACUGUAACCUUCCUGUCACGCGAGAACGCCAAUCUACGAUCACGUCUUGGUGAAUUUCGAGGACAGGUCUCGAAGAGAUAACCUAAUAUUUUACGGUGUUCCCGACUCAAACUCUGAGACCUGGGCUGUAUCUGAAAGCAAAGUGCGUGAUGUCGUUGCAAACGAAAUGACAAUCAUCGUUCCCCCGGAGAGUAUCAUUCGUGCACAUAGACUUGGUCGUGUUUUUAACCCCAGUAAAUGUCGGCCAGUUUUAGUGAAAUUGUCAUUAUUCAAAACGAAAGACCAUGUUUUUUCCUCGAGAGGCAAACUGCGCGGUAGUGCCACUUCCGUCGCAGAGGAUUUUUCCCCUGCCACUCGUCUUGCUAGAAGAAAGCUGCUCGAAUUCGCUAAGGCUCAUACACAGUAUUUUAGUCUACGCUACAACAAAGUGUUUUUUUGACGACAAAUGUUUUUCUUACUGCGCGGCCAGCGAUGCCGUUUGUGAGGUCCGCGAUUAUAUCACGCCGAGCACGAGUUCCAUUCGUGUUAAUGCUGACCCUGAGGUGGCUUUGUCAACGUCAUCACAAUUACAUAACCUGAUACGGAACAACUCUAGUCCUUAUCUUUCAGUACUUUUUUACAAACAUUCGAAGUGUUCUUCGCAAUUGUGAUGACUUGUCUUCAGCCAUCGAUUCUUCACUCGCCGAGACUGUUGUACUCACUGAAACUUGGCUAUCUAGUGUUGUACGUGAGAGCGAAAUUUUUUGUUCCGAGAAACGUUUCUCUUUUUACCGAUGCGAUAGGCUAUCUAGGCGUGGUGGUGGUGUAAUAAUCGCGGUAAACGAUAGUAUUGAGUUUUGUCUUGCCAACAUUGUUACAUCCCUUGAGUUUAUUGGCUUGCGCUUGCGUUUUAGCAAUAAACAGGUUAAUUUGUGCGCGUGCUACCGUCCUCCCAAUGCCGCAGCAAACUUUUUUUUAUAGAUUUACACGAUUCUCUGAAUACAAUUCGUACAAGGUUUCCGGCCUUGCCUUUGCUUCUUUUGGGCGAUUUUAAUCUCCCCGGCAUUGACUGGUCUGGUCUAUAUCCUACCAUAUCAUUAUGUUUGCUGCGUGUUCCGAGUUUUUAAGUCUCUGCUCCGAUUUUUCCUUAACGCAGAUAGUUACUAGGCCGACUCGUGUUACGCCAACUUCUGAGAACGUGCUGGACCUUAUUCUUUCUACUGCGCCUGAUCUUGCAUUCUCUCUUACGUAUUUACCUGCCAUCAGCGAUCCACUGUUCACUUCCACCUAAAAGCUCCUGUAUCUGCCUUUACAAAAGCGAAGAAUGACUCUUUUUUUGAUUAUGGCAAAGAUGAUUUUGAGGCUAUAAACAGCGAGUUGGCGCAAUUCCUUGACUUUUUCCUAUUCAAUUUUUUUAACGCUCUGUCGAGGUUAAUUGGACAAUGUUCAAAAAUAAAGUCAAUUCCCUUAUCAAUUCUUUAGUCCCACGUCGCUUUCCUACUAAUAGCUCCACGUCCCCAUGGUUUAAUAGUGCCUUGAAAAGACUUCCAAGUCAAAAGAAAUGCUUGUUCCGCACUGCUAAGCGUACAGAUACUGUUGAGCGCUGGGCGGUUUACCACAACACAGAAAAUGUAUACAGAAAUGCAAUUAAGGACGCUAAACAACCUUUUUUCAGCCAAACCUUGCCCCGUCUGUUAUCAACUAGUGUCAAAAUGUUUUGGAGCGUUAUUAAUGGCAAGAAAGACAAGGUUAUUUUGCUUUAUGACUCUGAUGGCAUUGUUAUGUCUAACGAUGACUCUGCAAAAGUCCUCAAUGAGGUGUUUCUACAAUCCUUGUCUAGGGACGUAAGCUGUUCUAUUGUUACUUACCCUAAUCAUGAUUUCUUUCCUAUGGACCUGCUUGUGUUUGAUUUUUAUGGCAUUGUUGAGCUGAUUAACAACCUCAAAGUGUCUUCAUCAUGUGGUAUUGAUAAUAUUAACACUAAGUUUCUAAAGAAUACUAAAAUUUACAGUGCAAUUUUUCUUACUAAGAUUUGUGAGCAAUCUAUUCUUACUGGUGUCCUUCCUGAAGAUUGGAAAACUGGCAAGGUGGUUCCACUUCAUAAAUCAGGCGACAAACACUGCCCCGACAAUUAUAGACCCAUUUCCAUAACCAGUACUCCUUGUACAAUGUUAGAGCAUAUUAUUUAUUCACAUCUUGUUAAAUAUCUCGAAUCCAACUCUUUUUUCUCGUCCGCACAGCACGGCUUUCGUAAAUUUCUUUAUUGUGAAACACAACUUCUCGUCUUUACUAACGAUUUAUUUUCAUUACUUGAUCAUGGAUCCUAGGUUGACAGUAUUUUUCUUGAUUUCUGCAAAGCAUUUGAUAAAGUUUCUCACCAACUACUACUGUUCCAGCUUAGCAAACUCAACCUUGACCCUCAGAUACUAACUUGGAUUGAGUGUUUUCUUACAAAUCGUUCUCAGUUUGUUCAUGUAAAUAACUCUAAUUCUCCAGUGUCUUCUGUUACUUCUGGCGUCAUUCAAGGCUCCGUUCUAGGUCCUUUGUUAUUCCUCAUUUACAUCAAUGACUUGCCGUUGUGUGUCUCAUCAUCGCUUAGUUUGUUCGCGGAGGACUGCGUUAUUUAUCGUAAGAUUACUAAUGAUUCUGACUCUUUCCUUCUUCAAAACGACUUAAAUGCUGUUCUUGACCUUUUAUCUAUCAUCUUGAUAACGUUUCUUUAGAAUGUGUGACUUCAUAUAAAUACAUCAGUCUGCUUAUUACUUCUAACCUCUCCUGGCAUAUUCAUAUUAACCACAACAUUGCUAAUGCCAAUUCUAUGUUAGGCUACCUAAAACGUAACUUUUCUCUAGCGCCAGUUUCUCUCAAACUAAUAUUACUCAAAUCUUUGGUUCGCUCAAAAUUAGAGUACGCAGCUUCAAUCUGGGAUCCUGGUCUGACGACGCUCACUUCUCAUCUCGGGUCAGUUCAGAACCGCGGCGCUCGUUUCAUACUUAAUAAUUAUCACCGUACAGCAAGUGUAUCAUCCAUGAAAUCUCUUCUCUUCUUGCCACUGUUUUCUUUGCGCCGUAAGUGUUCUCGUCUAUGUCUUUUCUAUAAAAUAUACAAUUCUAACCCCAUUCUGAAAGAGAAGCUCUUCCUCGACCUACCUUACGCUUCUCCAUGCAUUGAUCAUCGGUACAAAGUCGGCGUUCCUCAUUCUCGAACCUCAGCCUAUCACGAUUCUUUCAUUCCUAGGACAUCAUCAGAGUGGAACCACCUUUCGGCGUCAUUAAUAUUAUUACCCUCGUUAGAUGUGUUUAAAAGUGCUGUUACUAAUUAUAUUUGCGAAAGUUACCCGUGACCAUAAUGUCUUCUAUUAAAGUUUUUUUUUUUUCCUCACUCCCCUCUGUAACGCCCCCAGCGCCUUGAGGGCAUGUAAAUAAAUGAAUAUAAUACUUCCAAAUACUCUUUGUAUUCAUCCAGUAGACAGCGGCACUUACUUGCCGAAUGGUUCUCAGAAAAUGAUAGGGCAUAUAUAUACGAAUCGGGUCGGUAGGGUGGUUAGAGCAGAGAGUCGCGGAGGUGUUGUGUUGGAGUUGCCUAUGCCU